CAAUCAGUUGCAGGUUGAGUUUCAUUCGAAGACAUUCAGCAUGCGUUUUCUAAUUGUUUUGGCCGGUCUGGUCGCCAUUUGUGCUGCGGGCACAUUGCCCAAAGAACAGUUCCAACAUCCGCUCGAGCAGCGCCUGCUGCAGCUCGCCGAUCCGAAUGGCGAUAUCGAGCUAUUCAAUGAGCCCGAAGCUGUAGCUACUCCACGCUUUGUGAUCUCGUGGCAAGUGCGUCGCAUGAUCCGCAAACUGCAAAAGCAAAUGCCCUGUGGAUGGCCCAAUCUGGGCAUUCCCCCAUUGGCGCCAGUGCGUGUGACCGAGGCGAAUUUGGACUUGAAGCGCGGCAUUGUCGACACGAUCAAUCACAUCUUCCAUCUGAAGAUCGCCGGUCUGGACGACUUCAAGAUCAUGCAGUUCAAGCUGAAUGUGAUCUCAUCAAAGAUCACCUUCGAUUUUCUGUUCAACAACAUUGAUACAACAGCGCAGAAGUACGAGACCGAUACGCUGAUCGAUGCACUGCGUCAGCUGGGUCUCUCUGUGGAAUAUGAGGGUGAUGGCUCCAUUCUCUUCGAUUUGAUCAAUUUGCGUAUCAGCGGCACUCUGAAGUACAAGCUGCCAGUGCUGUGGGGCUCCGCCAAGAUCCUUUCGCUGAAGACCAACAUUGAGCUGGGCGCCGUCGAUUCUGAUAUUAGCGGCUUCAUGGGCAAUGGCAAGAUCAAUACGGUUAUUAAUCGCCAGCUGGAGAAUCUGCUCGUGAAGGUCAUCAACAAUAAUCAGGAAUCGAUUUCCGAUAUCAUUGAGGAUGCGAUUGUGCCACGUGUCAACCAGGUGCUUAAGGGCAACGACUUCUGGACUUUGGUCGAUUUGAUUUUCUCCAGCAGCGAUGGUGAAAACGAGGAUGAUCCAAUUGUGGUCGACUGUGUGCCACCAGCAGAUCCCUGGGCUUAAAUUACAAAUGAUAUUCUAGCUUGAGCAAAAGACGAUUGCUUCAAUAAAGCUUUUAGAUUUCUUUUGAU